AUGGAUUUCGUUUUUGAUUCCCUAACUGCUUGUGCCAUUGCGGUAGCAUUAUUUUCUAUAUUUUUCUUUUACUAUUUGUUUCUUCAUAGUUCCUCCAAAGAGGCUCCUAUAGUUCAAGGAGCAUGGCCAAUAAUUGGUCACCUCCCACUAUUGAGGCCUUCCAAAGGAAUACCUCAUAGAAUCUUAGGUGAAUUGGCCAACAAAUAUGGACCCUUAUUUACCAUUAAGCUUGGUGCCAAACGUGCUUUGGUUCUAAGUAAUUGGGAAAUAGCAAAGGAAUGUUUCACCAAAUUUGAUAUAGAAGUUUCCACUCGCCCUAAACUUGAAGCAACUCAACAUAUGGCUUACAAUGGAGCCAUGUUUACUUUAGCACCCUAUGGUCCUUAUUGGCGCGAAGCGCGUAGGAUUACAACUUUAGAGAUCCUCAGCAUUCGACGUUUAGGGCAACUAGAACAUUUCCGUGUUAGGGAAGUUCGAAGAUCGAUUAAAGAGCUCUACAAUGUUUGGUGUAGUAAAGAAAACAACAAUUCAUCAAACUAUAUGAUGGUGGAGAUGAAGCAAUGGUUUGCUCAAUUGAGUUCAAACAUCGUUCUUCCAAUGUUGGUUGGAAAGAGGUAUUUCGGUGCUACAAGUGUGUUAGAUAAGGAAAAAGCACAAAAGUAUAUUCAUAAUAUGAAAGAGAUGCUGCAUUUGGUAGGAGUAUUCACAGUUGGAGAUGCUAUUCCUUUUCUAAAAUAG